AUGCGCCUAAUACAGCUCGACACUCUCUAUCUCGUCAUUGUGGCCAUUCCCAUACGAGUAUUGGGAAGCGGCCCAUCGGGCUUCCCAACGAUUGACUUGGGAUACGCACGACACGUACCGACGUUUAUAAACACAACAUCUCAGUACAAUAUAUCCUACGCAACAUAUCGAAAUAUUCGAUUCGCUCAACCACCAACUGGAGAUCUCAGAUUCAAACUUCCAGUUACGCCACCUCCCGCUGCAGACGGCAUUCAGGAUGGAAACGUUCCGUUGAACAGCACCAAUUGCAUACAAACCGUGCCACAUUGGCUAACCAGUCCACCUGGUAUAAACGGGACUACCUGGGGAAAUGAAGAUUGUCUCUUUGUUGAUGUCGUCAUUCCAGAGGGACUGUCUCCGGCACCAGCAGGGACCGGCGUCCCAGUCCUGCAUUGGCUAUACGGUGGGGGCUUCUUUUUCGGCGCAAAGGACAAUGGUGGGAAUCCUGCAGCUUUGUUUGAUGCAAUGGCACCGGAUAAGAAGUUCAUUAUCGUCGCUUCAAACUACCGUCUGGGACCACUUGGUUGGCUGAGUUCCGACACGGAGCCGACCAUGGAUCGUAAUGUUGGCUUGUACGAUGCCUGGGCCGGUCUAAAAUGGACAAAACAGUACAUUUACAUGUUUGGAGGGAAUCCAGAAAAGGUCACAGUAAUGGGCCAAUCUGCAGGCGGUGGAAUCAUUCAACACUUUCUCGCUGUUGACGCUCAAACUGGCUCCGCACCGUUCAGUCAGGCCGUGCUUUCAUCUCCUGGAUAUCGUCCUCAUGUGAACAGAUCAGAAGAAGUGACCGGAAUCUAUAAUAUCUUCCUCAACGCCACCAAUUGCACCAAUGUUGACUGUUUGAGGAAGCUGCCCUCAGAAGAACUGAAGAAGGCAAACUCCUACAUGAUGCUGGAACAAGGAACGGGGGAAUUUGGCGGUCCCAGCAUUGGUUUCGGGCCGGUAAUCGACGGAAAUUUAGUGCGUGAUGUGCCUGACCGUGUGCUGAACAACAUAACGAGUCCUCGUCGCGGUCUCGGAAAUGUCAAAAGGGUUAUAGCUGGUGGAAUGCGAAACGACGGCAUUGGUAACCCUUCAAAUGAGACGUGGGCAGACUUCCUAAAGAUUUUUGCCCGGACUCCGAGUAGCAGCACUAUCAGCACUAUACAAAGCCUGUACAGCAACGACACCGACCUGUCCCCUGUUUCUUCGAGCGGUAUUCUUGCACGGACGACCUUUGACAAGUUCUAUGGUGACAUUAUAUACGAGUGUCAUUCGUAUUUUGCAGCCAAAUACUGGUCAAAAGGGAAAAACGAUUCUGCAACUACGGUGCCGCCGACGUCUGCGACCGGCUUCGAAUCUUAUCGCUACGAUGAAUCAGUUCCGCCCGCGAUUCAUGGCGACGAUAUGAACUAUUACUUUUAUGACAAGGCUGUUGCCGCUGUGGACAAAGCUGUAGUUCCGGAAGUUGCAAAGAAGUUUCAGAACUACUUACGGCGAUUUAUUCUCGGGGAAGAUAUGCAGGGUUGGCCGGAAUACAGCGCGAAAGGGCUCGAGUCACCUAGUUGGGUGAAUAUUACGGGGAAUGGGUUUGAGGUGAUUGUUGGAGGGUACGAGUCUGUUCGGGGUAAGAGAUGUGAGACUAUUGUUGCUUUGUUCGAUAAAGCAGAAGAUGGUUGGUAG